CUUCAAGCAAAGAUGUUAUCCAAGACUAGGGUUUUCACGCCAACGAACCGCAAUGGGAAAAGGUACUGGAAGUUUUGGUAAGAGGAGGAACAAGACUCACACACUCUGUGUGAGAUGCGGCCGCCGUAGUUUCCAUCUUCAGAAGAGCCGAUGCUCUGCCUGUGCCUUCCCUGCCGCCCGCAAGAGGACAUAUAACUGGAGUGUGAAGGCAAUCAGGAGGAAGACAACCGGAACUGGUCGCAUGAGGUAUCUCCGUAAUGUUACCAGGAGGUUCAAGACUGGGUUCAGAGAGGGUACCGAGGCAGCACCAAGAAAGAAGGGAGCUGCUGCUUCAUCUUAAGUAAGGAAGCCAUUGUCUUGUUUUUUUUAACCUUUCUUGAAGUUGGUUGGAGCUAUAGAAGUUGGAUUUUCUGAACUUGUUUUGAGAGAAUUAUGGUUUUGUAAUAUUUAUUAUGAUCAUGGGAAUGAUUGCUCAUUUUUAUUUAAGUUUUGGUUUCUCUGACUCAA